AUGUCAUCUAUAUUAUUUUCAACGUCAUGUUAUAUUAAAACAGAACCGUAUAAUUUAUGCAUUUCUAUUGAUAAUGAUUCUAUUUCAACUAUCGAUGAUCUAUUAAUGAAAAUUGAUACUUCUGAAAUAAGAUCGAAUUCGAUUAAUAUUUUAGAUUCAAUUCAAAUUUAUUUUAAAUCAUUAACGAAUGAUGAUAUAUUAUCAGAAAGAAUUAUUCUCAAUAAAUUACUUAGUAUUAAACAGAAUGAAAUAUCAGUUAAUAAAUCAGAUUCAUCGUCAUUAUUACAACGAAUUUCUUCGAAAGAGAUUAGUAAAGAUAAUAAAAUAUCUUUAUCCCAAUCUACACAAGUUAAUCUUAGUUAUGUUGAUAUUUCUGAAUCAUUUCUUUGGAUAGUAAAACGAAUAGAAUUAGAAAUGGAUUCUACAUCUGCUCAACAAUUAUGUUCAGUAUUAAAUCAAUAUUUAUCAAAACUGAAAGAUCGACCUCGAAAUUUACUAGUUUUUAUCAAUCCUGAAUGUGGCAAUGGCAAAGGAAGUUCUGUAUAUGAAGAACAAAUAUUACCAUUAUUUGAAGAAGCUAAAAUAAAUAUAAAAACAAUUUAUACUGAACGUGCUAAUCAUGCUCGUGAUUAUAUUACCGAAGAAUCAAUUGAUGAUUAUGAUGGUCUUAUUUGUGUUGGCGGUGAUGGAAUGUUUUCCGAAAUAUGUCAUAGUAUUUUACUUAAAACUGCACAACAAGCUGGAUUAAAUAUCAAUGAUCCAACUACUCAUCUUAAACGACCUAAUUUACGUAUUGGUGUUAUUCCUGCUGGAUCAACAGAUGCAGUUGCAUUUGGAACUACUGGUCAUAAUGAUCCAAUUACAAAUGCUUUACAAAUUAUUGUUGGUAAAUCACUUCUUAUUGAUAUAGCUACAGUACAUAAUGAACGUAGUUUUGUAUGUUUUAUGGCAACAAUGUUUACUUAUGGUUUUUUUGGUAAUAUUAUUGAACAAUCAGAUAAUUGGAGAUUUUUUGGUCCAUUACGUUAUAGUUUAGCUGGUUUUGUUCAAUUUAUUCGUAAUGCAUCAUAUCAUACAAAAUUAUCAAUAACUCAAGUAUCUGAAAAAUCGACUGAAAUUAAAUGUGAAGGUCAUUAUGAAGCAAUUAUUUGUCUUAAUAUGCCAUGUCGUUGUGAUAAAAGUAAAUUUGGAAUGUCUCCAUCCGUUCAUCUAGCUGAUGGCUCAUUCGAUGUAAUUCUUGUGAAACAUUCAUGGCGUUUGACUUUUCUUCGAUUUCUUCAUCAUAUAGCUAGACAUAGUCGAGCCGUUGAAGAAUUAUCUAAUGUUCAACGAUAUCGUGCUACUGAAGUUGUUAUUCAUCCGAUAGUUAGUCGAUCAAAAGAAUUAGGUAAUUGGGCAUGUGAUGGUGAAUUAAUUGAAGGGAAUGAAAUUAGAAUUCGAGCUCAUCAUCAACUACUCAAUCUAUUUGCAUCAGGAAUUCAUCUUGAUCAAAUUAAGAAAAUAAAUGAAGAAGAAUCGAAAGUUGUUUCGACAUCAGUAAUGAAAAAAAUCUCUUCAAUCAUCGAUAUAUUAACUGCUAAACCUUGGUGUCUUGUCUUUUUGUUUUUUCUUUUACUGUUUUUGUUUUAUUAUUUCUUCUAA